GUGGAAACCCCUUUAAAACCUUAAACCCUAGGGCUUCUUUUUCUCACCAACUCAACAUUAUAUACUUUCUCUCUCUAGAAAAAUGUCGAUCGGAGAGCUUGCUUGCACUUACGCUUGUUUGAUUCUUACUGACGAGGGCAUCCCUAUCACUGCUGAGAAGAUUGCCACCCUUUUGAAAGCAGCGAACGUGGAAUGUGAGUCCUACUGGCCAGGCUUGUUUGCAAAACUUGCAGAGAAGAAAAACAUCAACGAUCUUAUCAUGAAUGUUGGUGCCGGAGGAGGUGGUGGUGCACCGGCAGUUGCUGCUCCUGGUGGUGGUGGUGGUGCAGCAGCUGCAGCUGCUCCUCCUCCAGAAGAAAAGAAGGAGGAGAUUGAGGAAGAGAGUGAUGACGAGUUGGGAUUUGGGUUAUUUGAUUCGUAGAAACCCUAGCUUUAUUGGUAUGUUUUAGUUUAACAUGACUAGGCUUUUGUAAGACAUUGAUCAUCUUUGAUGUGCCUGCUACGUACCUUCUUUAAAAUUUGUGUUGUUUAGACUUUAUGUGAUGAAGAUUGUGUGUUGUGUUGUGUUU